GCUCUGCUAUGGCUGGUGUUUUGUUUUCUACAGGUGCUCGUGCGUGCAUCUCAUCACGCAACACUGAUUAUUAUGACGUGGUAUGAUGAUGACCCUAUUCUACCCAAUCACAGACGUUCUUGAGGACAACUCCUUCCYUCCGCCUUCUUCAUUCUCUGCAGACGAAAAAGCCUGCCCAGGAGACUAUUUUGGUCGUCAUAGUAUGUAAAUUUUCCUUUAGUAUUACAUCAGAAAGUAGCUUCUUUGAGUGAAUAAGAAAAAAUGUUGCGAGUUGRUGGUCGUGGAACUUUCAGUUUGGGUCGAGUUGCAAUUCGAUGUCUAUCAACAACAACGUUAAAUGCAGCUCCAUCAGGAACAUCGACUAAGAUAUCAGAGCCAAAGUACAAAAGUAUAGAUGAUUUUAUGGGCUAUGUUGAGAAAAAGAACCCCGGUGAAGUAGAGUURCACCAAGCAGUCCAUGAGGUAAUUACAUCUAUAUGGGACUUCCUGGCAGAGCAUCCUUCGUAUAAUAACCACAACAUCUUGGAACGAAUAAUUGAACCAGAGAGGGUAGUGAUCUUUAGGGUGCCAUGGAGAGCUGACAAUGGGGUUGUCAARGUCAACAGAGGUUUUCGUGUUGAGUUUAAUUCAUCUAUUGGUCCCUACAAAGGUGGUCUCCGUUUCCARCCAACUGUCAACCUGGGUAUAUUGAAGUUCUUGGGAUUUGAACAGGUGUUUAAGAACAGUUUAACUACUCUUCCAUUAGGAGGAGGCAAGGGAGGUUCAGACUUUGAUCCCAAGGGAAAAUCAGACAAUGAGGUAAUGAGCUUCUGUCAGUCAUACAUGACAGAAUUACAGCGCCAUAUUGGACCCAACACUGAUGUUCCUGCAGGWGAUAUUGGUGUCGGUGGAAGAGAAAUUGGCUUCUUAUUUGGUCAAUACAAGCGUAUCUGUAACGAGUUCACAGGAGUGCUGACAGGCAAGUCUGCAGGUUGGGGUGGUAGUUUACUAAGACCAGAAGCCACUGGAUAUGGGUUGGUGUACUUUACUGCUGAAAUGCUGGAAACCAAAGCUGAAAGUUUUAGAGGCAAAACUGUUACCGUAUCGGGUUCUGGUAACGUAGCCCAGUUUGCAACUGAGAAAGUAACUGAACUGGGAGGUAAAGUUGUCACRCUGUCAGAUUCAUCAGGCACAAUUCACGACCCAAGUGGCAUCACCAAAGAGAAACUUGCAUAUGUUGAAGAGCUUAAAAACGUUAAGCGAGGUCGCAUAAGUGAGUAUGCUAUGCAGUAUGGUGUGAAGUUUUAUGAAGGAAAGAGGCCAUGGUUUGUUAAGUGCGAUGUAGCACUCCCUUGUGCAACACAAAACGAAGUCGAUYUAGAYGAUGCACAAGCACUGGUUGAGAAUGGCUGCACAUGUGUUGCUGAGGGCGCCAACAUGCCUACUGUCCCAGAAGCCAUUGAGAUUUUCCAGAAAGCCAAAAURCUUUAUGGUCCAGGAAAGGCAUCAAAUGCUGGAGGUGUAGCAGUGUCUGGUUUGGAAAUGAGUCAAAACAGUCUCCGAAGUGCGUGGACCAGAGAAGGUGUCGAUGAGCGUCUCCAUGAUAUUAUGGAAAGCAUCCACAGCACAUGCGUCAAAUUUGGAACUUCCAAGGACGGUAGUUACGUUGACUAUGUCAAGGGUGCUAACGUUGGGGGUUUCAUCAAGGUUGCUCAAUCCAUGAUCGAACAAGGCGUUGUUUAGAUGUUUGUCAGUUCCAAGAACUUGCUUCAAGGCUAAUUAUAAACCCKAAAAAUUCCUUAAUAUUGGAACAAUUAAGUUCUAUUAUGAAGCUUAAUUUUUCAAACUCCCCACUUAGCUUACAGUUUGCAAAUCAGAAAGUUAGAACUAUAUGAAACAAUUUUAGUAGAAUAUGCAAAACGUAUUCCUAAAAGAUAAGCUUGUCGUAAACGUGCUCCAAGACCUAAUUAAUUAAUUCUAAUUAAUUAUCGUACCCGGCAACAAAUGUCCAAACAGUAGAUCUCGAUUUUAAUGAAUAGUAAUAAUUAGAUAUUAUUAGAUAUAAUUGGCGUUUUUACCCCGUAGAAACAUWGUAYCUGRUCAAUGAYUAGGUCAUUCUAUAUGCUUAUGAAAUGAUCUGGUUUCUCGUAAUUAUUUUAGAAUAUUUAGAAUGUUAUGAUUAUGUCAAUGUGUCUGUCAUUGUUUACAUUUAAAAAAUGUACGUAUUUAUAUUAUAGUUAAUAAGUAGUUAUUAAUAAAUACUAACACGAAUGUGUGAAAGCC